GGCCCGCCCGCCCGCGGCCCGCCAUGAGCCUCGACGGCGACAAGAUGAGCGAGGACGCGCACCCGGACGAUGACAGCUACAUUGUGCGAGUGAAAGCCGUGGUUAUGACCCGAGAUGACUCCAGCGGCGGAUGGUUGCCGCAAGAAGGAGGCGGCCUCAGUAGAGUUGGCGUCUGCAAGGUCACCUACCCGGAGGGCAAUGGAAGAAGUGGAUUCCUGAUCCACGGUGAAAGGCAGAAGGACAAACUGGUGGUGCUGGAGUGCUUCGUGAAGAAGGACCUGGUCUACACCAAGGCCAACCCCACCUUCCACCACUGGAGAGUAGACAACCGCAAGUUCGGGCUCACCUUCCAGAGCCCCGCGGACGCGCGCGCCUUCGACAGGGGCGUGCGCAAGGCCAUCGAGGACCUCAUCGAAGGAUCCACUACGUCGUCGUCCACGCUUCACAACGAGGCGGAGGUCGGGGAUGACGACGUCUUCACGUACGCGACCGACAGCUCCUCCAACUCCUCCCAGAAGAGGGACCAGCCCGUGCGCGCGCUGGCGUCUCCGGCGUCCUGCGAGCACCGAAGGAUCUGCACCCGGAGCCACCUGCACGACCAUUACAGCUCUGACCACUACCACCUCGAGCAGUCAGUACCGCGGUCCUACCGGCACGUCAACUUCCCGGAUGACGACGAGGAGAUCGUGCGCAUCAACCCCCGGGAGAAGAUCUGGAUGACGGGCUACGAGGACUAUCGCCAUGCCCCGGCGCGAGGCAAGAGCUUCGACCCCGACGACGUGGACUCCUACGUGCGCUUCGCCAAAAGCGAGGCCUCCAAGCACGAGUACACCUACCCGUACGUAGACAACUCGGACUUUGACCUGGGCGAAGACAUCAAGGGUGCUGUGAUAAAGACUCAACCUGUCAAGUUCAAGCCCAGGCGGAAGGAAGACGGCGAGCGAUCGCGCUGCGUCUACUGCAGGGACAUGUUCAACCACGAGGAGAACCGCCGGGGCCAGUGCCAGGAUGCUCCGGACCGCGUCAAGACUUGCAUCCAUCGGGUGAGCUGUAUGUGGUGCGCGGACACGAUGCUCUAUCACUGUAUGUCCGACCCAGAAGGAGACUACACGGAUCCUUGCUCGUGCGACACCAGUGAUGAAAUGUUUUGCCUCCGGUGGAUGGCCCUUAUCGCCUUGUCCUUCAUCGCUCCCUGUAUGUGCUGUUACUUGCCGCUCCGGGCUUGUUACCACUGUGGGGUUAUGUGCAGGUGCUGCGGCGGGAAGCACAAAGCUGCUGGAUGACUCCGGAGGAGCUGCAGGCGCCACGUUUCGUCCUGGAGCCCGAGGAGCGCGUUGCUUUGGGAGCAUCGAGGUGACACGCGUGGACGCAGCCGCACCGCGGAGCCCGCCGCCUCCGCGCCGCGUCCCUUUGCUCAUCGAGCGUGCUAACCAACCCAUCUACAGCGUAGACUUUUGUACUAUUAACCUGUAAUCAAGCAGACUGUCUUGUACAUGUUUCUACUAUGAUUUUUCUUUUCCAGUUGAAGGGAGUUGGAGGGAAGACCUGCUCGCAGUGGCGGCGGCUCGCAGCCCGGCUCCCGGCUGCGUCCGUCUCGGCGGCGCCGCGAGCCCCGCGCGCUCCGAAGAUGCUCUAACUUGCAGUCAGGUUGUUGUGUGUCUGCAGGGUGGACUGGUAACAAACUUGUACCACAACACAGUAUUUCUGUCACUGGUUUUCUUUCCUUUUU